GUUGGUGAAACUGAGGAUAUGGCUCGUACCAAGCAGACCGCGCGCAAAUCUACCGGCGGCAAGGCCCCACGCAAACAACUGGCCACUAAGGUGGCUCGGAAGAGCGCCCCGGCCACUGGCGGAGUCAAGAAGCCGCACCGCUACCGGCCCGGUACUGUGGCUCUGCGCGAGAUCCGUCGCUACCAGAAGUCCACCGAACUGUUGAUCCGCAAGCUUCCCUUCCAGCGUCUGGUACGUGAGAUUGCGCAGGACUUCAAGACCGACCUACGUUUCCAGAGUUCGGCUGUGAUGGCGCUGCAGGAAGCGUGUGAGUCCUAUUUGGUGGGGCUCUUCGAAGAUACCAACUUAUGCGCCAUCCACGCCAAGCGCGUCACUAUCAUGCCCAAGGACAUGCAGCUGGCGCGCCGCAUCCGCGGAGAGCGCGCCUGA